AUGACGCUCCUUGAAACGGUUGUCAAUAUCGUUGACGACCACGGCAUCUCGCACAAGGCUCGUGCUCUCCUCGAUUCGGCAUCGAUGUCGAAUUUCAUUUCGAAACCGUUGGCGAAGAUCCUCUUCAACCACCGGUCUACAGUGGACGUAUCCGUCCAGACAUCGGAUCCUCCACACAGAAGAUUAGUAGUGCCAUUACAGCAACCAUCGAGUCGGGAGAUCGAACGAUUUGCGUGGAAAAUUCCAAGCGUCGAGCUAGCAGAUCCACAGUUCAAUGUUCCCGGAAACGUAGACCUCGUCAUUGGUAGCGAAACGUACUGGAAACUCCACACGGGACGGAAGAUUUCUCUGGGUGAAGGUUUUCCGUGGGUAGUCGAAACUCUCUUUGGUUGGGCGGUCACUGGUCCCGCAUCUCGCUCGGCUACCAGUAUUCCACGGUUCUGCUACCUCUCCACUGCUGACGAUCGACUGGAAGCCGCUCUACGCAAGUUCUGGGACAUGGAAACAAUUCAAUCGGCUCCAGUUCGAUCUACCAAAGAAAGCAUAUGCGAAGAACACUAUGCUGCUACUACGAUGCGCAAUUCCGCAGGGCGGUACAUUGUGCGUCUUCCGAGAACUGAAGAUUCCGAAAAGGUUCUCGGGGAAUCAAGGUCGAUUGCCGAUCGUCGCUUCCUGAGCUUGGAACGGCGAUUAGAUAGAGAUCCUGCUACCAAGGACUCAUACCAUCGAUUCAUGGAGGAGUAUCUACAGCUUGGUCACAUGCAGGAAGUACCAGAGCCUGUAGAUGAUCGAAUUGAACACUCCUACAUCCCCCACCACGUCGUCUUCAAGGAAUCCAGCACUACCACGAAGGUCAGGGUAGUUUUCGACGCGUCAUGCAAGACCUCGUCCGGCUAUUCUUUGAACGACACGCUCCUUGUUGGACCAGUCGUCCAGCAAGACCUCUACUCCAUCUACACGAGAUUCCGGACAAAACGCAUUGCCAUAGUAGCAGACGUCGAGAAGAUGUACAGGCAGGUAUUGCAUCAUCCCGACGAUCGCAGUCUCCUUCGUAUCCGCUAUCGCAGAUGUCCAUCCGAUCCGAUCGCUACGUUCGAACUACAGACCGUGACAUACGGUACGGCUAGCGCACCGUACCUUGCAACGAAGACACUCCAGCAGAUUGCCAUCGACCAGGCGAAGUUCUAUCCUGCUGCUGUCGACCCAGUGGUGGAAGAUUUUUACGUCGAUGAUCUGUUGUCCCGCGCAUCUGACGUGGAAUCCGCCAAAACACGUCGCCUUCAAGUCACUGCCAUGCUUUGUUCCGCUGGAUUUCUGCUGAAGAAGUGGGCGUCGAACGCUCCAGAAGUCCUCCGUGAUGUUCCGCCAGAAGAUCUGGCCAUCCAACCUCUCCACGAUCUGCAGGAUGAGCAGAUAAUCUCCACGCUCGGCCUAUUGUGGGUCCCACAGGCCGACAACCUUCGAUUCAAAGUAGAAGUACCUCUCCCGGCGGCCAUCCUUACCAAGCGGAAGGUAAUGUCGUACAUCGCCAAAAUUUUUGACCCACUGGGCCUAUUGGGUCCGGUCAUCACAAAGGCAAAGCUCUUCAUGCAGCGCUUAUGGGCAUUGAAGCAUGACGGUGUUCUCUGCGAGUGGGAUUCUCCAUUGCCGGAUCAGCUGCAACACGAGUGGAAGCAGUUCCAUACCACGCUUCACAUUCUAGCUACAGUCCAAGUUCCUCGCUUCAUGUUUUCAUCAGUCGGUGCUACUAUCCAGCUCCAUUUCUUUGCCGAUGCAUCCUCCGUUGCAUAUGGAGCUUGCUGCUUCGUCCGCACGGAAUCGGCGGAAGGUAUACGAGUCCAGCUGUUGACAUCGAAGUCAAAAGUCGCGCCGCUAUCCACGCACCACUCCAUCGCAAGACUAGAGCUCUGUGCAGCACAUCUGGCAACUCAGCUCUUCAAGAAGGUGGAUGCCUCGCUGAAGACCAUCACCACCGCCUAUUUCUGGUCCGAUUCCAGCACCGUACUUCAAUGGCUGCGUGCCGUUCCAACCCGCUGGAAAACAUUUGUCGCUAACCGCGUGUCGAAGAUCCAGGCCACUACAAGUAUAGACCACUGGAGGCACAUAGCUGGUUCCGAAAAUCCUGCCGACGAUAUUUCGCGCGACCUCAAUCCAACGGACAUUAUCAACUGUUCCCGUUGGUGGCAUGGCCCUUCCUGGCUCGCACUGUCACCUGAAUACUGGCCCAAGACCGUCAUCGACCAGGAGAAUUCCCCGGUAGCGUCCGAAGAAGGGCGCAAAACACCGAUUGUGGCAAUGACCGCCGCACAAGCAGAUUUCUGUAGAGAUCUGUUUUCUCGUUACUCUCGCUACAACAAGUUACGUCGUGUGGUUGCAUUCUGCGGCCGCUAUAUCCAGCGAUUGAAGAAGCGCAUAGAGUUGCGCAGUUCCGGAUCAUCUCUUCCUCCGUUGGCCAUUAGUAUCCGAUCCAUUUCAACGUCCAUCGUACCACUCACCACUUCCGAGCUCCAGCACGCUGAAUACCUACUCUGCCGUUUAGCGCAGAAGGAAACAUUUGCUGAGGAGUUGUCGGAUCUUUCGAAUGGUGAACGUGUUGCCAAGUCAUCAUCGCUGAAGUGGCUGAAACCGUUCGUGGAUGAAGACGGUACUCUUCGCGUCGGUGGUCGCCUACGUAACGCCGCACUAUCCGUCGCAAACAAGCACCCGAUCGUUCUGUCCGCCAAACAUCCGCUGUCUGCUCUGCUGGCUAGCAGUUUUCACAUUAGCCUACUGCACGUAGGGCCACAACUCCUGCUAGCCACUCUCCGUCAGAAGUUCUGGAUCCUUGGCGGCAGAAAUCUUGUCAAGUUCGUCUUUCACCAAUGCCACACUUGUUUCCGAUCCAAGCCCACUCUAGUCCAGCAGAGCACAGCCGAUCUGCCGGUAUCGCGAGUGUCGCCGACGCGUCCGUUCUCCGUUUGCGGUGUCGACUAUUGUGGACCAUUUUACGUGAAAUCAGCAGUACGAACACGUGGCCCCACGAAAGUCUACGUGGCCGUAUUCGUUUGUUUCUCGACCAAGGCGGUCCACAUCGAGCUAGUGAGCGAUUUAUCGACUCCAGCGUUCCUAGCUGCACUCCGUCGUUUAGUCGCCCGCAGAGGAAGGAUCGUCGAACUCAAUUCGGACAACGCCACUACCUUCAAAGGAGCUUCGCAUGCACUCAAUCGAGUCUAUCGCAUGUUGAAGACUGAAGCCGCCGAUCGAAACCAAAUUUUUGACAGGUGUUCCGGAAACGAAAUCACCUGGAAGUUUAUUCCACCACGAGCACCACACUGUUGCGAGUUUCCGGUAGCGGGUAGAGCAGAACUACCAAAGCGGACACAAAGCAAACAAAACUGGAGGGCUAAAGCACCAACAAAACAAAUAAAGCCACAAAUCCAGAUUUUAUACAUGUAUUUCGGGUGA